CGGGGGCGGGGCCGGGGCGGGGCCGCCUCUCGCGGCCCGAGGGCGGCCGGGGCGGUGACGUCACCGCAUGACUGGGUUUUUAUGAAUGAAAGGAAUCCUGCGAGUGAGUAAUUCCGGGAAGCUCGCCUUACAACUCCGCGCGGCCCCGGCCCCCUGCGCCGCCCGCCCCACAACAAAACUCAGCGCCGCGCUCCCGGGAGCCGGGCUCCGAGCGACCUGCGGUUCGGUUCGGACCGGAGGGGAGGCAGAGCAAGGGACGCGCUGGGACAGCGGCCGCGACAGCCGGGAGACGCGCGCGAGCGAGGCGCGCCAGGCCAAGCGAGCCGAGAGGCGGGUCUCCAGCCCAGAGGGCACCUUCUGCAAACAUGUCUGGGGACCCCUUAUCCGGCAAAGCCCUGAAGAUCAAGCGCGAGCUUAGCGAGAACACGCCGCACCUGUCGGACGAGGCGCUGAUGGGGCUGUCCGUGCGCGAGCUGAACCGACACCUGCGGGGGCUCUCGGCUGAGGAGGUGACGCGGCUCAAGCAGCGGCGCCGCACGCUCAAGAACCGCGGCUACGCCGCCAGCUGCCGCGUGAAGCGCGUGUGCCAGAAGGAGGAGCUGCAGAAGCAGAAGUCGGAGCUGGAGCGCGAGGUGGACAAGCUGGCGCGUGAGAACGCGGCCAUGCGCCUGGAGCUCGACGCGCUGCGCGGCAAGUGCGAGGCGCUGCAGGGCUUCGCGCGCUCAGUGGCCGCGGCCCGCGGGCCAGCCGCGCUCGUGGCGCCCGCCAGCGUCAUCACCAUCGUCAAGUCCACCCCAAGCCCGGGGUCUGGCCCCGCCCCCGGCCCCGCCCCCGGCCCCGGCCCGGCCGCCUGCUCCUAGUGCCCGCCCCGCCCUGCCCCACUCCCCCGGGCCCCGC